AUGACGACCCAAGUUAGGAACGACAGCGACGCCAGUUCUGGUGGCUCUGACCCCCGCAACAAGCAAGCUGCGGAUGCGAUAGAGAUGGUCGCGGCACACAGCCGUCAAGCCCAACCCAGCGGCCCCCUGGAGCUCAACGAAGUGAACGCAUAUGAGAAGACCGGGUAUGCGUUCUCAAACAAGAAGAAAUGGGCGAUUUUGACUGUCGUUGGACUCUGCCAAACCAGCAUGAACUAUAACGCAGCGGUCUACUCCAACGCAAUUGGGCCGCUCAACGAGCACUACCAUCUCGGCAGCAACCACUUCACCAACGCAAGAGCGGGUAUGGCAUGGUUUUUGAUCCUGUACGGUAUUGGGUGCGAACUAUGGGCGCCCUGGUCCGAGGAGUACGGACGAUGGCCAAUUAUGCAGAUAUCCCUCUUCACCGUCAACAUCUGGCAGAUCAUGGCCGGUGCCAGUACGUCCUGGGGCCAUGUGCUGGCUGCGCGUCUGCUCGGCGGUAUCUGCUCUGCCGGCGGCUCCGUCACACUCGGAAUGGUUGCGGACAUGUUCGAUCCCGAAGAUCAGCAGCUCCCUAUCCUCUGGGUCAGCUUGUGGAGCUGUCUAGGUUCCGUAAUUGGCGGCAUCUGUGGAGGUCCCAUCGAGCAAUUCCUUCACUGGCGGUGGAACUUCUGGAUCCAGCUUAUCCUAGGCGCCACUGUUCAGUUCGUUCACUUCUGCUUCGUGCCGGAGACCAGGUCGACAAUUAUGCUUAACAAGGUAGCCAAGAAGCAACGCAAGCAGAACCCAGAUGCCAAUGUCGUCGGUCCAACUGAGACGGACAAGCUGAACCUCAAGAAAUGUGGCAAGAUCAUGGGUCGACCAUACAAGAUGCUAGUCUGUGAACCGAUCGUUGGCUUCCUGUCGCUGCUCAGUGGAUUCAGCGACGCCCUCAUCUUCAGUUUCCUCGAGUCAUACGGUUACGUGUUCGGCAAGGAGGGAUGGGGCUUCACUCCUAGUCAGCUAGGGCUCGCCUUGUUCGCUCUCUUCAUCGGCUACUGGCUAGCAGCAGUGCUAUACGUACCCGUCAUCCGAAAACACAAUCAGCAGCGCAGCAACGGGAAAGUGCUGAGUCCCGAGAGCCGACUAUCAGCCCUCCGCUGGAUCGUCCUGCUCCUGCCGAUUGGCCUAUUCGGGUCAGCGUUUGUAGUAUCUGGCCCACCCCUUCCCUGGAUUGCGCCCCUCAUCUUCGCGGUCCUGAUCGGAUGCGCAAAUCUCGCCAUCUACUUCGCCACGAUCGACUACAUGGUUGCCGCGUACGGAGGCACGUAUUCCGCUUCAGCCACCGGUGGCAAUGGCUUCGCCCGAGACGUCCUUGCCGGUAUUUGCUCCUUCUACACCGGUCCGAUGUACAAGAAGCUCGGUGUCACAAAUUCGACUUGGGUCUUGUUCGCCAUCUCCGCUCUCGUUUGCGCCCCGGUCUUCUUCAUCUACAAAUGGGGCCCUACCAUGAGAGCUAAGAGUCUGUAUGCUGAGCGAAUCCAGCAGGAGAGGGAAAAGAACGCCGCUGCCAAACAAGCAAUGCGGGAAGCUUCAGAGACUGUGUCUGAGGUGCAGGCAUGA